AUGAGAAGACCCGGAUUUUUCUCUAUAUUGCAGCGCCACCCUUUCAUGGUAGCAGACUCAGAAUCAGACGACCACGACUUCCAGUUGCGUAUUCAACCUAGGGCGGGUUUCACAAGUCGACUCCUUACACAGACCCUUUAUAGAACCAGGGAGCUUAGUGCUUUCAUAGAAGGGCCCUACGGGCAAGGAUUCGACCUUCGAGACUUUGGUACAGUGGUUCUAUUCGCUAGUGGGAUUGGGAUUGUUGGCCAUCUUGCCUAUGUUCAAAAGCUCAUACGCGACCACCAGCAAUCAAAAACCAAGACAAGAGAUAUACUUCUAAUCUGGCACGUAGAUGAUAAGUAUCAGCUGGAUUUGGUCUGGGAGGUUAUGAACAUUAUACUGAGAAAGGACGAUCUUCCAAGCACUGCAACGCACAAAGAUACUGGUAUUACGUCUCGAAGUGGAAAGAAAGACCGAUACUUGGGCGGUAGUACCACCGGAGAAAACCCAGGAAUUAUAGAUGUUUAUAUCUACGGUGACUACGAGAUAUUCAAUGAGGCCGGGAAUGCAGUAUCCUACAGGCGGACAGGCAGUCGGAUUGCUGAGGUAAAAGGAAAGCCAGAUGUGCGGCAAAUUAUCAACGAUGUUCUAGAAACGAGAAAUGGAAGACUCGCAAUCUGUGGUAAGAUUUUUCAUUCACUGUCGCUACACUAA